AUUAAACAAAAGUAACAAGGAAAGAAUGACAAGAUUGUCGUAGUCUUAUUUAUUUUAAGAUGAAGGAUUGAAUUGUAAACCCCAAGAGAGAUAAUUGAUAUGAACUGUACAAUGCUCUUGUGAAUUGUACAAUACAAUUUAAUCAUUCAGUGAAAUUAAUGUUGGAAAGUUUUAUUCUAAAGUUUAUGUAAAAAAGUUGUGUAAAUAUAAAUAUCUACAGUUUAUGAAAGUGAUGGAUAUUGUAGGUAAGCUUCCUCUUGAAAUUGGCCAACAUAUAUUUAGCCACUUCCAUGCUGACGAUUUGGGUAGGUGUCUCCGGGUAUCAAAACAAUGGAGAAGAAUAGCUAAUGAUAAUAUUUUUUGGAAAUAUCAUUGUUCAAAGUACGACAUCAGAGAUAAGGAAGAAUCCUCUUUUUCAGAUAAUUCAUCUGAUCUAUGUCAUUGGGCUCUGAUUUGGAGAUCUUUCGCCAUUUCCCUUGCUUAUAAAUGGCUCUCCAAUAAUUACCGAUCAAUUGAACUCUGUAAAAAUGACUAUGAGGGUUUCGCUUCGCACGGUCAACAGAUUGUUGCCUUCUCAAAGACCUUCAAUAAUCUUGAUAUUUAUACCAUUAAGAAGAAUACUAAUCGAGCUAGACUUGUCAUGUCUAUUGCUCUCUGUUUUCCAAAAGAAGGACCUGCCCUACUUGCUAUGGAUUCAAAUUAUAUAGCUGUUGCAAAGUACAAUGUUAUUCUACUUUUUAAAAAAAAUGGAGACAACUAUGAACUAACAACAGCAUAUGCUGUUAUUCUCGGUACUGUUAUACAAACCAACAGGGAUUUCACAGAUUUUGUUAAUAGUCAUAUCACUUAUGGAGCAGCAGUUGAAAUAGAUGUGGUUUCAAAUAAUAUUCUAUGGUUGUCUGAUUUAGAAGGAUCUUUCGUUAUUAACUUACAAACAGACCACAUGACAAAUGUGUUUACCUACGAAUGUUCACGUCUUCAGGGUGAGAUUUAUGUUACCUGGUCUGACGAUUCUGUAAUUAUUUACAAUAUAGAAGGUACAAAUGAAACUCGUCUUGAAAAUAUAGAUGGUUUAGAGGACGUAAGUGCUAAUAUGACAUUACUUUCUUUGAUCAGAGGUUUUGUGCCUGAUACUUGUCUCAUUGAAGUUUAUGAUCUGGAAUCAGGCGAAGAAGUGCUGAGAAAGGAAAUGCCGACAUAUACUUGGAUAAAAAUGCACCCGAAAGAAGAAGUUUUAUUUACUUUGGAAGCGUCCCGUGAUGAAAAUGUAUUUAGAAUCACGUCUUGGUUCGUUAGAACUGGUUUUCGUAAGUGGAUGUUCGAGUGUAAUAAUAAUAAUUUCAUUUCCUUUUGGGAAUUACAUGUUGUUUGUGAAAAAUAUUUAGUAGUGUGGCCUACGGCAUCAGGUGAUAAAAAAUUUUAUUUAUUUGAUUUUGAAACUGGUAAAUGUAUAUAUGAAAAUUCAAGACCUUCUGGAUUUGUUAAUUUUAUUUCUGAUUCACUUUGGAUCUCAUGGCCAGAUAAUAAAUCUAUUGCUAUACGGUCAUAUCUUUAAUUCUCUGUAAAUUAGAACUACUUUAUGUGAUAGAGGUUUAUCUAAACUUCAUAAUUGACUCACUUUAUUAUGUUGAUAUUGUUUGUG